AUGGGGUCAACAGAGUUCGGAAACUUUGAGAAAUUUUGUCGCGACUCGACUCUACCAGUCUGCAAUGUUCUCUCCGAGUUCCACAACCAAACUGGACCAUGGGACACCGACACGAGCUGCCAGUUGAAGGGCAUUCCUCUGUCUAACGGCAGGCACUUGGGCAACUUGGGUUCGAUAUUACUUUGCGGCAUUGCGAUUCUCGUUUCCAUCUUUCUGAUCUUUCGAUCCUCUCGAAGAAAGGCGGCUGUUGGUCGACUCGAGAUGCAAUUGUUCCUGGUCGGUUACCUGCUUAUCUCUAUUUGCGAAAUCUUCUCCGUUGGCGAAUUCCCAUUGAACGGCAAAGUCAGAGUGGCCUUUUCAGCAAUUCACAUUGGCCUGAUCGCCGCGACCACGUGGAUUCUAAUGCUCAACGCUGUUGUCGGAUACCAACUCAUCGAUGAUGGAACACCGCUCUCCCUAGCCCUAAUGGUUAGCUCGGCUGCGGUCCUCCUAGUGGGCACCGGUUACAUCGCCCUCGACACCGGCUUCCAAUGGACUGGUUACUGGGAUGAGAGCUGGACACCUCCUAACCGCAAUAUCGCCCUUUACGUCCUGUACCAGCUUGCCCCACUCAUUUUCCUCGUCGCCUUUUACGUCCUCGAAGCCAUCUUGGUCCUCCGCAUCCUCGGCGAAAAGGCGCCAAUGCUCUAUCUGACUGGUGCCGCUAUACUUUUCGCCGGCGGUCAGAUCAUUAACUAUGUCGCCAGCUCCCACAUUUGCAGCGGUACAAAUGGCAAGAUCGACGGCGCCCUGUUUCAAACUCUCUUGACAUUAUUGUCCGUCGUCUUGGUGUGGAUCUUCUGGUCCUCCAUCACCGAAGACGACUGGCAAGUUCCCGUCGGGGGUACCUACCCCUGA